AAGCAGAUCCCAGCACCAGCGGAAAAGCCAUGAUUUCAUCUUUACAAGAACUGUAUGUCGCGCAGCAAUCCACCGCAUACCACCCGCUUGAACGAAGCCCGAUCACCAACGCAACCCAGCUUGCGGAGGAGGUCAAGGCCGAGAUGCGAUUCUGUUGGGAGAACUACCGAAAGCAGGCCUGGGGCUACGACGAAGUGUUCCCAGUGACCGGAGGCGGCCAGAACCCGCUCGGGGGACUCGGGGUUACCAUCGUGGACAGCUUGGACACCUUGUACUUAAUGGGGCUGCACAAGGAAUUUCGAGAGGGGUUGGAGUUUGUCCGGAACGAACUGAACGUGACGGCGCCGAAAGCGGAUUUUACGUCUCGAAAAGCGCACCUAGACGAUCUGCGGUUGCUAAAUCGUCCAGACACUUCAGGAGGACGAGAAUUGAACAAACACAGGAAAAGAGAGGAAAAAAAGUUCUCCACCUUCGAGAUCACCAUUCGCGCCUUGGGUGGACUGCUCUCCGCCUACAGUCUGAGCUCCGAAAAACCGCUGCUGCAGAAGGCAGAGCAGCUGGGCGACACGCUGCUCGCAAAGGCGUUUGGGGACGUGGGGAAAGCGAAUUCGCGGCACGGACUGUUUCCGGUACGAAUGAUUCAGUUGGCGGAGAAAAAGAUGGGGAGAAAGGAUAAAAGCUACGGGAAGAAAUCCAAGAUUCAAGAUUCUCGUCAGCGGAAAAAGGCAGUAAACAAGCCGCCGCCGUCGGCUCUUCAAGUGGGAUUGGUCAACUACGGUACUGACCUGGUUUCCGGGUCGAACAGCGAAGGCGAAAAAGGCUCUUCUGGCGAAGUAGAUUCCGGGGAUGAUGAAGAAGCUGGCGCCAGUUCUGAGGAUGAAGAAGAACCCUCUGCUCCUUCUACACCGACCGCUGCCGAGCUGAAUAAAGACCGCAGCGGGAAUUUGGCCGAAGUGGGCAGUUUGCAGCUGGAGUUUCGUUCCUUGGCGUUCUUCACAAAAAGGCAGGACUUCACUCGCCUCCCGGACAAGGCGGUACAGGCGCUCACCGAGGUGAGCGAACACACCGGGAACGCGCUGCUGCCGGUCGGCGUGAAUCUGUGGAGUAAGCGGGGCGCCGCGCUGCAAUUCAUCGGAUCUCGCGUCUCCGUCGGGGCAGAGGCCGACAGCUACUACGAGUACCUGCUGAAGCAGUACUUGCUGGGUGACAAGAAAGACCCAAAUCUCCGCGAGGCGUUUCUGAACGCCAUGGUAUCAAAUGUAAAAAUGUCUGGGUCUGGAAGGUUGGAAACCUUGUCAUGCAGGUUUUCCAUGACGCGUGAGGUCUGUAAUAUAUGACCCAGCAUGACAGAUUCUUCUCGACCUCUAUCAUGCCUCGUCUGCAUGAGAAAGUCCCUCUCAGCUUGGUCAAAAGAGGAGAGCUUUUGGUAAUCAUGCAACACAGAUUUUUGCACUAUCGAGAAUUAGCAUGACAAGUUGCAUUCUUCCAGACCCAGACAUUUUUACAAUCCAUACAUGGACGCGAUGUGCGACAAGCUGGUCCAGCGCUUAUGCAUUGCAAAUAUGUCUGGGUCUGGAAGAUUCUAAGAUUUGUCGUGCAUGUUGCGCAUGACCCAGGAUAUCUGUAAUGCACGACCUAGCAUCACAGAUUUUUAGAGGACUUUGUGAUGCCUGUGCCGCAUAAGAAAUGCCCUCUCCGCGUAGCACGAACUGGAGUCCUCUUGCUGGUCAUGCAAUUGCAAUACAAUUUUUUUUUGAAUCCAGAGACAGCAUCAGCAUUACAAGUUGCAUUCUUCCAGACCCAGACAUUUUUACAUUUGACAGCGCACGGCGGGGGACAAACAGUUGCUCUUCAUCGGCGGCCUGGACGCGGGCGUUGUUCCGGACAACAAAAUGGAGCACUUGACCUGCUUCGUCCCGGGGAUGUUGGUUUUGACCCUGAUGCAAUUGGACGACGACGACUUGCCCCUGUCGGACAAACGGCGCAAGACAUAUUUGAAAGUUGCGACCGGGGUCGCCGACACCUGCUACGAGAUGUACCGGAUGACGAAGACGGGACUGGCACCCGAAGUGAUCGCGUUUCGCGCGAAAAACGACGCGUUCACGGACGAAAUCGUCAUUCCGCCGAAUUUGCAGUACAGCUUGUUACGCCCGGAGGCGGCCGAGUCGUUUUUCUACCUGCAUCACUUCACGAACGACCCGAAGUACCUACCAAAGUGAAAAAUGCCCCCACCCCCGAACUUGGGAGCAUUUGUAUUGCAAACCUUUCCACAUGAAACAUUCGCCCUCUUGCAUCUAUCAGCAUCACAAAUUUUCCAUGCUGAAUAGCGCAAAUUUGUGAUGCAACGGAGCGCAACAGCAGGCGGAUCUCUGAUGCAAAAGAUAGCUUGCGCAACUAGAUUCUGCAUCAGAAAUGCUUGCGCUCCUUUCAUGCAAGACAAAAGCCUUUCAUUUGGAAACUUUGCAUGAGAAACUUUUGCAAAUUUUGGGGUGGGGGCACUUUUUAUUGUAAUAGUACCGCCUCUGGGCGCGCGAGAUUUUCUACGCCAUGCGGAAGCACGCGAAAACCAAAUUUGGGUACUCGGGCUACAAGGACGUGAACAAAGUGGCGGAGAAGGAAGGAGACGCGGAUGCGGAAGUGCAUGGAGUUGAACUACCUUUUCCCCUGGCGUGGUCGAGUACAACUAGAGACUCCGCCCGGGGAACUACACGUCGACACGCCAAUUUGUUCAUGAAUCGCCAAGAAUCCUUCUUUCUCGCGGAGACGUUGAAGUACCUGUAUCUCACCUUCGCCCCCCGAAAUACGCUGGAUCUGAACAAAUUCGUGAUAUCGACCGAGGCGCACCCGUUGCUACGGUUUGGAGCGGCAGGAGCUAGUACUGGGAACGAAGAAAGCAGAAGAGGACGAGGAGCUGUAGGAGGAGAGCCUUCGGCGCUCGUUGAAAUCGCGACAGUCAAGGAAGCUGACGCAGGGGCAGGAGCUGCAGUAAAAAAGCGGACUUUAUCUACAUCAUCUCCUGCAGGAAACAAUACUAGCACAAGAAAAUCAACUUUGUCCACGGGCACGGCCAUGCUGGCGCGUACAACGACAAUCGACAAGAACAAAAGUGAUACAGCGCUCGACAAAACACCGCAGCGACUUGGGCAAGCGCCUGUGAAGAUCAUGGUUGGAAUCCCAACGCGCAAUCGCGUUGGCUACGUGAAAUUUCUCGCCGAGGUGCUGAAACACCACCUCCUCCCAGACGACAUUCCGAAGGAGAAUCUCUACAUCGUGGACGACAGCAGCGAAGAGUUUUCGUUGCAAGAUCUGCGGAAAUGGUUCGAGCUGCCGGAAAGCCACGUGCUGAGUGCGCAGACCCUGCUCUCCGGUGUGGAGAGGGAAGAUUUUCAGCAACUACAGAAGCUCGCGACGCAGGUGCAACCGUGGGGGAAAAGUGAAGAGGGGGAUUUUUCUCUCUCGUUGUCUACUGCAGCAAGGACCACCUCGGGUUCUUCGUUGCUACAACUGGGAGAACAUCACGAGCACCAGCACGGGAAAAGUAAAAGUACCUCUGCAGCGACUUCCUUGUCGACAAGAAGUGGCGCAACCACUGCUGAGUCGCAACAUCAAAAGAUGAAACAGUUUAAAGCGGACAUCACGACGCAUCUCUUGAUCCGGCAUUUCCUCGCGAAGCCUGAGUACGACGCUGUGAUGAUUUUGGACUCCGACAUGGUGCCGGCGAAGGGAAUCGGGCAAACGACGCAACAGAUUUUGAGAACGUGGAAUGAGUUAGCAGGAUUCAGACGGGGACAAGAAAUUACAGACCAGCAGCGACAAGAGGAGAAGCAAAAGCAUCCAAAAAUCCAGCCCGCUGGACUGAUAUCAAACGGUACAGCAGGCACAAGUUCUUUGGAGGGAAGCAAGCAAACAUUGCAGCGAGCUACAUCGAAACAAAUACAACACGAAGGCGGCGACGACCAGGAACUUUCCCUGACAUCCGCGGUCGCGAAUUGGGCGAAGACGAACGUCGUUGUGCCGCUGUUGGGAAGUCAAGCGGGUGAUUGGUGGGAUGGUGUGUCAAGUAGCCCGGGUGCAGGAGAAAUCCGCAUCCUUUCCCUGUUCAACCCAACACACGAGUUGAAGUGGCAUAAAGUAAUCCGAAGACUUCCCCCAACCGAAGAGAUACCCAUCCAGCUGGAGCAGAAGGCGUCCAGCGGGAACGCCGGCCUCGUUUUAACGCGGUACGUGGCGGAGAUUCUGCUGCAAAACGCGGACGACGCGCUCCACGAAAUGGCGCGCGGAGACCACUUGCAAAAGAUCCAGAACUACCAACUGGACUGGACCAUGGUGAACUUCGCAAAGAAGCUGAAGUGGAAGUUUUUCGCCCCUGCGAACUCGCUUCUCUUCCACAUUGGCAUGCACGGGCAGCACGUGGGGAAGUCGUACGGAGGGAGGGAGGGCGGUGGCGUCCACACGGAAAAGUUUCCCGUCAAGGAACAGGACUUGUUUGUCCAACAGGGGAUUGAGUUUUACUACAACAAAAAAGCGCGCGCGGAUGAGGUGUUUGAGGGGGAGGGGAGGGGGUGAAGUACGGAUAUAAAAAUGAUGAAAAAAAAGGUAUAUCAAGGAAGUGUUACAGAGCUCGCUAUACUACCAAAGUCGAACCGCAUGGAGAACUACUUUGCAAAAUGAACGAAAACAAAAGCUGACAAGGCGACGACUUGACAAACCACGUGUACGUGAUCAGGAAUCGUCGAGUCGAAGCAAAGGAACAUGCUAUCGCCCGCACCGUCCGAGGGUGUGCAUUCCUUGCACAGAUUCCUCGUAUGUAAAACUUUUGUACUUUUUCAAUUUCGACUAGAGAAACUGCCAUAACUUCUGCUUGUACUCAGAGACACAGCUUAUGUUGUACUAACUGCGCCUGUAUGUACGAACGAAUCCUGGAACUCGUGUUGGUGAAGUGCUUGAAAGUAACUCACCUACACGCCCUAGUUGAGAUGAUUGAUGAAAUUGAAAACGAAAU